UACGGUUACAGUAUGGACGGUCCCGUAGAUACCCCUUAUGUUCAUAUAACUACAAAUGAAAGUUCUGUGAAUUUGAAGGAAGCCAUGGACACACUGCGGGGCCACAUGGCGGGUAUGAUGGAUCAGAAUGUGUUGCUUAUCAUGCAGCUUGAAAAGUUCAACGACACGAUCAACAAUAUAAAACAUCAAAGACGAAGUCAAGAAACAAAUACUUUUCCGCAGGAAUGUUCUUGCCUUGGCGUACCAAGACAAAAGUGUUGUAUCAAAAACAAGCAUAUGACGUCACAACAGUUGUGCAAUGAACAUAAUCCCGCACAGUUGGAAUCACAAAGGACAUGGCUAUCGCCAAUACCAGAGGCUACAUCGUUAGAUCAUGUUGGCCAGCCGCCUUGUUAUUAUAGAAGUGACAAAGUGACAGACUCAGAUCGUGAUCUAAAGGAGAAUAGACGAGACGGUUCAAUGCUUUUAAAAUAAUAAAACAAAUAUAAACGA